AUGAUCUUUCUAAUAAAGGACAAAGGCCAGGAGCAAUUCGUGGAGAGGUUCAAAGAAGUGAUAGCCUCAAAUGCUCUACCAGUAAAAGUAGAGACCAUCCUUCUUAACGCUGAAGAAUUAUUGCAAAAUAUAUCUACAGCGUGUAACGCCCUUUCACGAGGGGGAAACUUGGUGGUAGAUAUCAGUUGGUCUGAAAAUAAACAAACCAAAGAUACGUUUGUUAAUGCUACCGUUCCUUAUACAAAAAUCGAUGUCUCGAUCAAACCAUUUUUAGAUCUGCUGGACCAAUAUCUUACUCUAAGAAAUAGUUCAGAUGUAACCAUUAUUUUUGAGGAUUCAUCAUAUAUUGAUCAAACAAUGUACUACUGGUUGAACACGGCAGAAAUGAGGCUGAUAAUGAGUGAGACCUUAAACUCAGCAACCAUAAAGAAGUUAAAAGACAUCAGGCCUACGCCAAACAACUUUGCGCUCUUUGCAUCAACGCAGAACAUGAACAAGCUUGUUAAGACGGCAGUACAAGAAGAUAUAGUCAAACUUCCCGAACGAUGGAACUUGGUUUUCCUGGAUUUCGAAUUCCAUAAAUUCAACCAAGCUUUAGUCGCGAACAAACCUAUCAACAUUUUAAAUGUCGCCAUGGAUAUAUGUUGCAUACUCACCGACCAAGGUAACCUAUGCGAUUGUCCUACUGAUUUCAACCUUAGACAACAAUUUUUCCGAAGAGUUUUGUUCUUGAUUUUGAGUUCCGUGGAGGAGAUGAUAGCAGAGGGGAUCGAGUUUCCAGUUUUUGAUUGUGAUGAACCACAGCCUAGGGAACAGAUCCAUAAAGUGUUUGAAGAUUUGCUGGCCAGUAAUAUUGAGAACGAUAAUUUGCUUGUAUACAAUACUUCAAGAGUAUCGAUGAAAACGUAUGGUUACUUCAAGGUUGUAAAAAAUAACAGUAUAAAUAUACUCGCUAAAUAUGACGAUGGAGUUGUACAUAUGUUGGACAACAAUACCAUAAAGCCUUUACGAGCAUUCUAUGGCAUUGGAGUAACGCACGCAAUACCGUGGUCUUAUAAAAAACCAGAUCCCGUUACAGGAGAAUUGAAGUGGACUGGAUACUGUGUAGAUUUUGCUAUAGAAAUAGCAGAGAGGCUGAAAUUUGAUUAUGAGUUUGUUGAACCACUCCAAGGAACAUUUGGAGUUAAACAAAAUGGUAUCUGGAAUGGUGUUGUUGGCGAUUUGGUAGCUGGGAGAACAGAUAUUGCAGUUACAGCUCUCAUUAUGACUGCUGACAAGGAGGAAGUAGUCGAUUUUGUUGCUCCUUAUUUUGAGCAAACGGGGAUAACAAUAGUAAUGCGCAAGCCAGUACGAAAAACGUCGUUAUUUAAAUUUAUGACAGUCCUUAAAUUAGAAGUAUGGUUCAGUAUUGUGGCUGCAUUGAUUGUUACUGGAUUUAUGGUUUGGUUUUUGGACAAAUACUCUCCUUACAGUGCAAGAAACAACAAAAAAGCAUAUCCAUAUCCUUGCAGAGAAUUUACACUGAAAGAAAGUUUUUGGUUCGCGUUAACAUCCUUUACACCACAAGGAGGAGGAGAAGCACCAAAAGCAUUGUCUGGUCGAACUCUAGUUGCGGCAUAUUGGUUAUUCGUGGUGCUCAUGUUGGCAACGUUUACUGCUAAUUUAGCGGCUUUCUUGACAGUUGAAAGAAUGCAGGCGCCAGUCCAGUCUUUAGAACAAUUAGCGAGACAAUCAAGAAUUAACUACACAGUCGUAAAAAACUCCCAAACCCAUCAAUACUUUAUUAACAUGAAAUAUGCUGAAGAUAUUCUUUAUAAGAUGUGGAAAGAACUGACUUUGAACGCGUCAAUAGACGACGGUAGAUACAGAGUAUGGGACUACCCAAUCAAAGAACAAUACGGUCACAUUCUUCUAGCAAUCAACGAUUCCAUUCCCGUAGAAAGUGCGCAAGAAGGAUUUGAUAACGUAAAUGAGCAUUUGGACGCUGAUUACGCUUUUAUACACGAUUCCAGUGAAAUUAAAUAUGCGAUUAGUAAAAAUUGUAAUCUUACAGAAGUUGGUGAGGUUUUCGCUGAAAAACCUUAUGCAGUUGCUGUACAGCAAGGAAGUCAUCUUCAGGAUGAUAUCAGUAAAGUGAUUCUACUCCUUCAAAAACAACGCUACUUUGAAGGAUUGCAAGAAAAGUAUUGGAAUCAUUCAGCUAAAGGGGACUGUCCAAGUACUGAUGAUAACGAAGGAAUUACUUUAGAGAGUUUAGGUGGAGUAUUCAUAGCCACAUUGUUCGGCCUCGCCCUAGCGAUGAUCACCUUGGCUGGAGAAGUAUUCUAUUAUAGACGAAAGUACAAAGAAAUGGAGAGACAAAAAUAUUUCACGCCGCAACAGUCCAACAAGAUCGUACCAACCAUCUCGCCGUUUUAUCCAUCUGAGAUAAAGCCCAUGAAGGUGGCCAUCAAUCCAGCCCAUUUCUCCUCCAAGAUCAAAGCAGACGAAGCUUGGAAUACUUCUAACCUUAUUUUGUUCCCCAAAGGAAGGAAUAGGGUUACGAAACUAAACUAAGACUUAGUGUUUUGGAUGAUUUGAUAUGUAGUGAGCGUAUAAUUAUUAUAUGUUGUUAUGAUUAA